AUGGGUGCGCUAAAUAUUUGUGCAACUUUUCUGCAGGGGACAUUAGAAAAACAUCAAGAAUGUCUAAAGAAGCAGAGAGAAGCUGUGAAAUACAGACUGAAGAAACUGGCUGCACGCCAGUCAGAAAUCACCAGAAAGUCCUCAGAGGUGAGGGAGAGUAUCCUACGAAAAUACCAGGAGAUCCAGGCAGUGCUGGACGAGGAUCUGAGGAUCACCCUGUCCCACCUGGAGACGGAGGAGCGAGCUGCUGUCUCCACCCUGGACGGGCUCAUGGAGAGGAGCUGCUCUCUGAUCCAGGAGAUCGAGCAGGACCUGGCCAGACUCAACGUGGCUCUGGACCAGAACGACGCAGAGCCUGACACUAUGACUUUCUUUUCUUACUCUGAGCAUGAAGAUAUGGAGACAUCGGAGAGAGUGAUCGACCUGCUCAGCUGUACAGACCCGAGCGGCGUGAAGCUAGAUGAGGCUAAAGCAGACCAGAUCCUCAGCCUCACCCACAACAUGCUCCUGCUGGUCUGCUCUCAAACCCCCAUCAUCAAGAAACUCAUCAAGAGUUAUUCCAGUGAGGUGUGCCUGGAUCCAGAGACGGCCCACCCAAAGCUGAUCGUCUCUGCUCAAGGUGAUAGCGCCACCUACACGGACACAUGGCAGCAGCUUCCUGAAGUCCCCGGACGUUUCGACACCACCCUAAAUGUUAUCAGCCUGCAAAGCUUUCGCUCCGGCCGCCAUUACUGGGAGAUAGACGUGAGCGGAAAGACCUACUGGGAGCUGGGCGUUACCUACCCCACCAUUCCCCGAAAAGGCACGACGGAGGACUGCUGGCUGGGCCGGGGGCCUGAGUCCUGGUGUGUCGAGUUCUUCGAUGGGGAGUACACGGCCUGGCACGGCGGCGUGCCGCAUCAGCUGCCUUUCACUAAGCGUUUCUGUCAGAUUGGUGUUUUGUGUAGUUUUCCUGCAGGUUUGGUGACUUUUCUUGAGGCGGACAGAAUGAUGCCGCUCUUCUCUUUUUGUGCGGGAACCUUCUCGGACUGUCUCCACCUGGCCCUGUGCCCCGGCCAUGACCACGGGGGCAACAACACAAAUCCUAUCGUGAUCUGCAAAAGCUUGUCUCCAAACAGCCAUGACUGA